CACGGUAUUCCUCAGCAGUCGGUUCACACUGAAAACUAUAAUGUGCACACCGUUCGCCAAGAGGCAAGCCUGGCUGCUCGGGGCGUGCCGAUACCGAGACUUUGUAUACAUCUACAACUUGACUGCGGAGUUGAAAGGGGCAGACUCUCCCGAUGACAGGCAUGCAAAGCGACGUGAUCGCAUGAGCUAUUGGGGCGCGAAGUUUCAUCGCAUCAUGACUUCAAAAGAACCGGGAGCUGCAGCCGACGAUGACCAGCAGCUCAGGGAAACGGAGUCUUACAGCGUCGUCCUCCGCAGUAAACUAGGAUCACAAUCUAUAGUGUUUAGUGCCGAAGUGAAAGCGGUGGACGCCUCCAUUGAAUGUGAUCCGGGAUCCACGGCUGGCUACGUGGAGUUCAAGUUAACUCGCUUCCAAGAAGACUCUAUGGAUGCAUGGAGCGACACGUUCAAAAGGCACGCGUUGCUGGCGUGGUGGGCCCAAUGUCACUUGGCUAGUGUCCCGAGGGCGCUGUGUGGCUUCCGCAACGACCGCGGAAAGCUAGUCGGCAUUGAAGAUAUUGACGUCAAGAGCAUGCCAGAAAUGGCUGGGACAAUGUGGUCAGAAGGCGUAUGCAUGCGCUUUUGUGAUCGCCUCCUUUCAUUCAUCAAAGAGCACACAGAGGUGGACGACGGAAGGACUGUGUACCUGUUUGAAUACAUACCAAGAUCGGGGGAAAUCGUCUGCAAGCGCGUUACAGAUCCCGAUGAGGCCUACCGACCACGGGAAGACUUACCAAGGUUGUUUGAAGGCGUUGGAAGUGUGCAGAACAGCUGAGCGUCUCAUCGCACCGCGAGAGGUGGAUAUAGAGACAAGUUUUCUUCUAUUUUAUUUUAUUGUCCUCAAAGACCGGAGCUUGCAUGUUGUGUGGUUGUACAUUAGAACCACUUUGUGUUACUGCUGCCGAUGUAACGCUGCUAUAACGUCGUCAGACCUGCGAACCGUUUAUUGUUCUCACAUUUUCGUGAGUUCUACGUUUCAAGUUGCAAUAAAAGACUUGUUGGCUCAGCGUU